AUUGUAGCCAAAUUUCAUGUAGUCCUUUAAAAAAUCAUGGAUGCGAACACAGUGGAUCCCAAGACUAUACAAACGUCCCUUCCAGCUAUAAAUGCCCAGCUACAGAGAAAUAUUUCUACACGGCAUCUGUCACUACUCACUCAACGGAAUUCGUCCACACGUCAACUGUGUAGUAGCGUUGAAGCCAUCAAGACGAGAAAAAAGGCAUACCAAAAACACGUAUAUGAGCCUUUGGAAUUUUCGCGCGUGAAAUAUCUAUUAAGUGUCGAAAACAGACAUAUGUACCGCUUCGUAAAUGGAACUCCCUGCAAAGCAAUAGAGAGCAACACUGUUAAUAUCAAAACUCGAACCGUAGCCGAUCUCGAACAGCUAAAGACUGCUGCUCCUCAACUACUACCAGUGGGAAACUUUAUUGAUGUGAGGGAGGAUGAGGAUAAUGAGUUGGAAGUUAAGAAUACAAUUUGGCUGGGCUUCUUUGCGAGAUUGCAAACGAAAAGUGAUAAGAUAUGCAUAACCAAAUCAAGGGGCUAUGACGAUGGCUUCUUAAUCAGGAGAAGCGGACUCAAAAACGCUUUAGGGAGGGUCGUAAGAAGCUUUUAUUAGAGACCCGUGGUGCCUCCAACUUAAUACCUUCAGUGCUUUAAGGUGAGAGGUGAGCAUUGUUGACCCUAUACACUACCAAAACCGAAUGUCUCCAAUUCAAAACUCCCUCGUUUUCUCAGAAGCAUAUUUCAAGCGAAACGUGGAAGAUCGCUAUAGCCGACCAGCUAUGAGACUAAGUCCUUCUUGGAGUUUGUGAGAUUGUAAUAAACUUCGCAGCAAAC